UUACUUGCUCUUUUCGCGAGCACGUUUUUGCCGAUUUCGGGAGAGGAAAUUUUUUGUUUAGUUUAUAUUUCGCAAAGUAAUUACAAAAAUGAUGCUAAAAACAGUAGAUAUAAAUGGGGAACUCUGUGUGUUCACUUGCUUUAAUGAGGAAGGCGAAGCUCUAACUUUUUACCUCCACAAACCGGAAAAGAAUUUAAGUUUCGCAGAGACUUUAUUCAAGGAGGAGUUCCAGGAACGCCUAAAGAUGGUUAAUCCGCGCGUAAAGUUCCCCGAGGAUGCAGCGCGUCUGGCUUUGCUUACCGCAGAUCCCUUGAAAGUGGACGCCACUGGAGGACCGAUGACUUGCAUGUUCUUGAAAUAUUUCAUGCCCAAUACUGCAGUUCCACUUAAAUGGCAUUGGAACUUGAGUCCGCUGAAUGGUUUUUCGUUUUAUCGAAAGAUCUGCAUGAACUCAAUGGCCACGGCCGGAGGACUACGGGAUCAGAUCUCCGUUUUGAUAGAGAUUCUAAGAGCCAAGGACAAGGAGCUCCAACAGUAUCGCAAUGAUGGACACAAGUUGUGGAGAGUGACUGCGGUUACAAAGCCAUUUGAUAUCGAGGCUUUUAAGGCAGAGCACCAAAACUUGCUGGACAAUGCUACUGCUUACCAGCAAGUGAAGGACGCAUUUGCAGGUGAACCUCCCUCGUGCAGUUCAUCUGAGUUUUCAUCACCCGUGUCGCAGGAUGUAAAGCACAAGACUCCGUCUACUGACUCUACAAUUUCGGCGGAAUCAAUGAGCCCAAAAUUGACUCCACGCUCUAAGUUUCCUUUAUACUAUGGAGCUAUAUCCCCAAAUGUAUUGGAUGCACCAAACGAAAAAUUGUCUCCACGCAAUAGGAAGCGCAAAGCUCUUGAAGCCAAUACAAAUCAUUUGGAGCGCAAGGUAAUGGAGCGCCGUUUUAAUCCGCAACUCGAGUACAAAAGCUCCCAGAGUUCCCAAGAUUCUGACAUGGAUGAAUGGUUUACAGAGAAUGAGCCAAAAAUUAAAAGGGAAACCAUAAAAGAUGCUGAAGAGCCGUCAACAUCGGCUGUGAUUACUAAAUCUUCCUUGGCAAAACUUACCAAAGUUAAUGCAACAGUAGGAAAAGCUGAAAUUAAAACUGAAAAUGAAGGCGCCAUCGAAACAUCUGAUACUGCUGAUGAGGACGAGCCUUUAACACCACGUUUGAACUCUGAAACUCUAGAGUUAAUUUUACGGCACAUUGAAGCUGUUCCAGAAGUAUAUGAUUAUUCAAAACGGUCCAUUCAAGAGCGCAAAGUCAUUGAUUCUCAAGUUCAAGAAAUAUUUGGAGAUCAAAAACAAGUUAUUGACGAAAACGAAGGCCUUGAUUCUCCGACAGAAAACGAGGACACCGAAGAGGAAAAAGGGUCACCGAAACAACUCACCGAGCUGGAGGAGCUAAAAGCCAUCCUACUUCGCACAACAGCUCUCACCAAAAACAUGAUUGAGAAGCACGGAGUCAACAAAAAAGAAGAGUAAGGGAAUAGUCCCACUCUAAAUGGUGUACCGCCAAAAGUUUAAGCUCUAGUCCAUAGGUUUUUUUUUUCAUGGUUGAUAAAAUCAGACAAUACAAAUCCCCAGUGAUAAAAGGAUGAACUGCGAUAUAAAAUAAUUUAUAUAAUAUAUAGAGAAUUCUUGAUGAACAAGAAUACGUACCGUUGGUACUUGAAAAGUUAGAUCUUGUCUUGUGGAUCUUAAUGUGAACGAUUACAAAAGGACCAUUUCAUUUGUUACCUAACUAUAUUUUAAUCUCACACCAAAGAUAUCUACUUGUACCUGGUUAAUGGCGAAAAUCCCUACUUACUUAUCAACCGAUUAGUCACGGUUUCAUAUGGGAGCGCCACAAUGAAAUUCAUGGUUAUUUUUUUUUUACAUUGUAUUUUACUUUGUUCACAUGUUUUAUACCAAUGACUAAUAAAUUCUAUUGAAAAACGGAAAUUUUAA